AGAACCCAGGCGUCCGGGCUCCACUUUCAUCCCACCUCCCUCUGCCCCUACUCAGGCCUGUCGGACAACGCGGCCGACCUGGAGAAGCGGCGGCAGAUCUACGGCCAGAACUUCAUCCCGCCCAAGCAGCCCAAGACCUUCCUGCAGCUGGUGUGGGAGGCUCUGCAGGACGUGACCCUGAUCAUCCUGGAGAUCGCGGCCAUCAUCUCCCUGGGUCUCUCCUUCUACGCCCCCCCAGGAGAGGAGAGCGAAGCCUGUGGGAACCUGGCCGCGGGGGCAGAGGACGAGGGCGAGUCGGAGGCUGGCUGGAUUGAGGGGGCAGCCAUCCUGCUCUCCGUCAUCUGCGUGGUGCUGGUCACGGCCUUCAACGACUGGAGCAAGGAGAAGCAGUUCCGGGGACUGCAGAGCCGCAUCGAGCAGGAGCAGAAAUUCGCCGUCGUCCGCAACGGGCAGCAGAUCCAGAUCCCCGUGGCCAAGCUGGUGGUGGGAGACAUCGCCCAGAUCAAAUACGGUGAUCUGCUCCCUGCUGACGGGGUUCUGAUCCAGGGCAACGACCUGAAGAUUGAUGAGAGCUCCCUGACCGGGGAAUCGGACCAUGUGCGGAAAUCCGUGGAGAAAGAUCCCAUGCUGCUCUCAGGCACCCACGUCAUGGAGGGCUCGGGGCGGAUGGUCGUCACGGCCGUCGGGGUGAACUCCCAGACUGGGAUUAUCUUCACCUUGCUGGGAGCCAGUGGGGAGGAAGAGGAGAAGAAGGAGAAGAAAGGAAAAGCCCAGGACGUUGUGGUGGAGAAUAUUCAGAACAAAGCCAAGAAGCAGGACGGCGCGGUGGCCAUGGAGAUGCAGCCGCUGAAGAGCGCUGAGGGCGGCGAGCUGGAGGAUCGGGAGAAGAAGAGAACCAGCGCGCCCAAGAAAGAGAAAUCGGUGCUGCAGGGGAAGCUCACCAAGCUGGCUGUGCAGAUCGGGAAAGCAGGUCUGGUGAUGUCAGCCAUCACCGUAAUCAUCCUGGUGCUGUACUUCGUGAUCCAGACCUUCGUGCUGGACGGGCGGGUCUGGCUGGCCGAGUGCACCCCCGUCUAUGUCCAGUACUUCGUCAAGUUCUUCAUCAUCGGGGUCACCGUGCUGGUGGUGGCCGUGCCCGAAGGGCUGCCCUUGGCCGUCACCAUCUCCUUGGCUUACUCCGUCAAGAAAAUGAUGAAGGACAAUAACCUGGUGCGGCACCUGGAUGCCUGCGAAACCAUGGGCAACGCCACGGCCAUCUGCUCUGACAAAACGGGCACCCUCACCACCAACCGCAUGACGGUCGUGCAGGCCUACCUGGGCGACACCCACUACCGCCAGACGCCCGACCCCAGCAGCCUGCCGCCCCGCAUCCUCGACCUGCUGGUGCACGCCAUCGCCAUCAAUAGUGCCUACACCAGCACGAUACUACCUCCGGAGAAGGACGGGGGGCUGCCGCGGCAGGUGGGUAACAAGACGGAGUGCGCCCUGCUGGGCUUCCUGCUGGACCUGGGCUGCGACUACCAGCCCGUGCGUGAGCAGCUGCCGGAGGAGAAGCUCCACAAGGUUUAUACCUUCAACUCGCUCCGCAAGUCCAUGGGCACCGUCACCCGCCUGCCCCAGGGCGGCUUCCGCGUCUUCAGCAAGGGGGCCUCCGAGAUCCUGCUCAAAAAGUGCUCCAGCAUCCUGAGCAGCAGCGGGGAGCUGCGCAGCUUCCGCCCACGGGACCGGGACGAGAUGGUGAAGAAGGUGAUCGAGCCCAUGGCCUGCGAGGGGCUGCGCACCAUCUGCUUGGCCUUCCGGGACUUUGCUGCCGGCCCCGAGCCCGACUGGGACAACGAGAACGACAUCAUGGGGGAGCUCACCUGCAUCGCCGUGGUGGGCAUCGAGGACCCCGUCCGGCCCGAGGUCCCGGAGGCCAUCCGCAAGUGCCAGAAGGCCGGGAUCACCGUCCGGAUGGUGACAGGUGACAACAUCAGCACAGCCCGGGCCAUCGCCGCCAAGUGUGGGAUCCUCCAGCCAGGGGACGACGUUCUCUGCCUGGAGGGGAAGGACUUCAACCGGCGCAUCCGCAACGAGAAGGGAGAGGAUCGAGUCAUUUGUCCGACGGGAAGGGGCCGUUUUCUGUGCCCGCUCAUCGCCGUGAACCAAACGAACUACAAAGCGCGGGAAGGGGUGGAAACAGCGGGGGAGCUGCGCAGCUUCGCCCACGGACCGGACGAGAUGGUGAAGAAGGUGAGGCCCUAUGGCCUGCGAGGGGCCCGCGCACAUCUGCUUGGCCUUCGGGACUUUGCUGCCGCCCCGAGCCGACUGGGACAACGAGAAACGACAUCAUGGGGACUCACCUGCAUGCCGUGGUGGGCAUCGGAGCCGUCGUCCGCGAGGUCCGAGGCCAUCCGCAAGUGCCAGAAGGCCGUGGAUACCGUCCGGAUGGUGACAGGUGACAAUCAGCACAGCCCGGGCCAUCGCCGGUGCACUAGGGAUCCUCCAGCCAGGGGACGACGUCUCUGCCUGGAGGGGAAGGACUUCAACCGCGCAUCCGCAACGAGAAGGGAGAGGGGGAGAAUGGCCCUACUACCGCCCCGCCCCAUGGGGGGAGAACGGCCCUACCAGCCGCCGGCCCACGGGAGGAGAACGCCCUACACCGCCACCGGCCCACGGGGGGAACGGCCUAGCACCACCGGGCCGCCCCCCGGGGGGAACAGGCGGCCCGACCCCGGCCCGCAGAGAGGACCGCCACCACGGCCGGCAGAGAACGGCCCCACCACCGGCCCCGCAGGGGAGAACGGCCCUAACGACCGCCGGCCCCGCCCCAUGGGGGAGAACGCCUGCCCCAUCGGCGCGGGGGAGAACGGCCGCACACCGUCCGAGCCCCAUGGGGGGAAACGAGCCCUACACUGCGCCGACCCUGCUGGGGAGAACGGCCGCCCCGCCCCGCCCAGGGGGACGGCCCACACCGCCGCAGCCAUGGGGAGAACAGCCCAUACCCCGCCCACGGGGGAGAACGGCCGGCUCCCGCUGCCUAGCUCAAGGCAUCGCGGGCACCGCACGCGCAAGGAGGCCCGGACUGCAUCUGACCCGACGACACUCUCCAGCAUCGUCAAGGCAGGUGCUGUGGGGCGCAACGUGUACGACAGCAUCUCCAAGUUCCUGCAGUUUCAGCUAACCGUCACGUGUGGCGUGUGGGGCGUUCCCGGCGCCUGCAUCACCCAGGACUCCCCGCUCAAGGCGGUGCAGAUGCUGUGGGUCAAUCUCAUCAUGGACACGUUCGCCUCCCUGGCGCUGGCCACCGAGCCGCCCACCGAGUCGCUGCUGCUGCGCAAGCCCUACGGGCGCAACAAGCCCCUCAUCUCCCGCACCAUGAUGAAGAACAUCCUGUGUCACAGCGUCUACCAGCUGAGCAUCAUCUUCACCCUGCUCUUCGCGGGGGAGAUGAUCUUCGACAUCGACAGCGGGCGGGACGCCCCCCUGCACGCGCCCCCGUCGGAGCAUUACACCAUCAUCUUCAACACCUUCGUCCUGAUGCAGCUGUUCAACGAGGUCAACGCCCGCAAGAUCCACGGCGAGCGGAACGUCUUCCAGGGCGUCUUCGGGAACCCCAUCUUCUGCGCCAUCGUCCUGGGCACCUUCGGCAUCCAGGUGAUCGCCACCAUCCCCACCAGCCGCCUGAAAUGCCUGAAGGAGGCGGGGCACGGUCCCAGCAAGGACGAGAUCACAGACGAGGAGAUGGCGGAGGACGAGGAGGAGAUAGACCAUGCCGAGCGGGAGCUGCGCCGAGGCCAGAUCCUCUGGUUUCGCGGCCUCAACCGCAUCCAGACCCAGAUGGAAGUAGUUAGCACCUUCAAGAGAAGCGGCUCCUUUCAGGGGGCCGUGCGGCGCCGCUCCUCAGUCCUCAGCCAGCUGCACGAAAUCCGCGUGGUGAGAGCGUUCCGUAGCUCGCUCUACGAGGGCCUGGAGAAGCCGGACUCCAAGACCUCGAUCCACAACUUCAUGGCCCCCCCGGAGUUCCUGCUGAACGACUACACCCACAACAUCCCCCUGAUCGACGACACCGACGUGGAGGAGAGCGAGGCCGCCUGCCGCCCCCCGCCCACCCCCAACACGAACAACAACGCCACCGACGAGGGCGCCAAGUCUGCUACCUCCGCCAGCCUGCUGCACAGCAUGGAAACGUCCCUCUAACGCCACGG